CGGCCUCCCCUUCCCCGCCCCACAAAAGGGGACCUGCGUUCGGUCAGGCGGCAGCUUGGGCGACUUCCUUCUUCUCGGAGCAAGAUGGCGGGGGGUGAGGCUGGAGUGACUCUGGGGCAGCCGCAUCUUUCUCGCCAGGAUCUCGCCACCUUGGAUGUUACCAAGUUGACACCACUUUCACACGAAGUUAUCAGCAGACAAGCCACAAUUAAUAUAGGUACCAUUGGUCAUGUAGCUCAUGGGAAAUCCACAGUUGUAAAAGCUAUUUCUGGAGUUCACACUGUCAGGUUCAAAAAUGAACUAGAAAGAAAUAUUACAAUCAAGCUUGGAUAUGCUAAUGCUAAGAUUUAUAAACUUGACGAUCCAAGUUGUCCUCGGCCAGAAUGUUACAGAUCCUGUGGAAGUAGUACACCAGAUGAGUUUCCUACAGACAUCCCAGGGACCAAAGGGAAUUUCAAAUUAGUCAGACAUGUUUCCUUUGUUGACUGUCCUGGCCACGAUAUCUUGAUGGCUACUAUGCUAAAUGGUGCAGCAGUGAUGGAUGCAGCUCUUCUGUUGAUAGCUGGUAAUGAGUCUUGUCCUCAACCUCAGACUUCUGAACACCUGGCUGCUAUAGAAAUCAUGAAACUGAAGCAUAUUUUGAUUCUACAAAAUAAAAUUGAUCUGGUAAAAGAAAGUCAGGCUAAAGAACAGUAUGAACAGAUCCUUGCAUUUGUACAAGGCACAGUAGCAGAAGGAGCUCCUAUUAUUCCAAUUUCUGCUCAGCUGAAAUACAACAUUGAAGUUGUUUGUGAGUACAUAGUGAAGAAAAUUCCAGUACCACCAAGAGACUUUACUUCAGAACCCCGACUUAUUGUUAUUAGGUCCUUUGAUGUCAACAAACCUGGCUGUGAAGUUGAUGACCUUAAGGGUGGUGUAGCUGGUGGCAGUAUUCUAAAAGGAGUAUUAAAGGUGGGCCAGGAGAUAGAAGUCAGACCUGGUAUUGUUUCCAAAGAUAGUGAAGGAAAACUCAUGUGUAAACCAAUCUUUUCCAAAAUCGUGUCCCUUUUUGCAGAACAUAAUGAUCUUCAAUAUGCUGCCCCAGGAGGUCUUAUCGGAGUGGGAACAAAAAUUGACCCUACUUUGUGCCGGGCUGACAGAAUGGUGGGACAGGUACUUGGUGCAGUUGGAGCUUUACCAGAGAUCUUCACAGAAUUGGAAAUCUCCUAUUUCCUACUUAGACGGCUGCUAGGUGUACGCACUGAAGGAGACAAGAAAGCAGCAAAGGUGCAAAAACUGUCUAAGAAUGAAGUGCUCAUGGUCAACAUAGGAUCCCUGUCAACAGGAGGAAGAGUUAGUGCAGUCAAGGCCGAUUUGGGCAAAAUUGUUUUGACUAACCCUGUCUGCACAGAAGUAGGAGAAAAAAUUGCCCUUAGCCGAAGAGUUGAGAAACACUGGCGUUUAAUUGGUUGGGGUCAAAUAAGAAGAGGAGUGACAAUCAAGCCAACAGUAGAUGAUGACUGAAGAAUUCCGGUGAAAUCAUACCUUUGGAUGGAGUCAGAAUUUCUCUUUACAACCUAGGGGUAUAUUUUCAAAGCAGUACUGGGAAAUUAAUUUCACAGCUCAUUACCUUAGUGGUAGCUGUAAAGUUAUUCUCAUUUUUUGGUGAUGAAAAUUUAACCUCUAAUGCUAAAAUAGGGUCUACAAUAAAUGUAAAAAUUGGCAUAAUGUUGGAUUGAAUCUACAUUUUAGCAGAAAUUAAUCAUUCCUAAAUAAUGUCUAAUUUAUACAUCACUGCAGGAUUGAAAUGAAACUGCUACAGCCAGCCUUUUCUGUAGCACACAUACCAAGAAACCUGUUUCAAAUAAAGGUUUUCUUCUUA